GGAGUCUCAAGUUACGCUUGGAGCUGGUGAUUUGAGUUAUGGAAACCUUUAUGAGUUGACUACUGACUGAUGACUUCGGGAUAGACUCUGGUAUGGAGCUAUUUUCCAGCCUCAAUAACCGGCUUCUGUGGCGGUGGUCGCACGAGCCGUCACUAGAUUUCUUCUCAGACGUGUUUCGUCGCGGUUAACAUAUUGACUCGCAGAGUAUCCGCAAGCACCGUCACGCAUUAUGUGAACUGCUGGCGCUGCAUCGAGCAGGAGAGCCGAUUCGUCAGCAGGUUGAGGAAAUGGUCGCAGGAGCUUUAGCGGAUUCCGUGUUGUAAAAAGCAAUUCCGUAGAUUAAAGCCCGAAGGUGACGUUAACAGCGCUCCGGGAUUCACGGAAGCCAUGGCUGCAGGAAUCGUUGCGGAUCCCGUCGCCGCGCGAAGCGUCGGACCCGUGGAGUCCUCUCCACUUGGAUGGCCGCUGUAUAGGGGAGAGAAGUUGACACCUGUUUCUCGUGCCACGCCCGACCGCCGUAACUUAUUUAUCGACGCAGGAAGGCGACGCGAUAGGGUUAGGGACGAGCGCGACUGGUCCCGCGAAGGCGGGGCUGGCGAAAGGAGGGUAGCGCCACGUGGCACGCAGGAAGGCGAAGGUCAGCGCAAGCAGUCUCCACGUGGCAGUUCUGGAUUCGGCGGUGCCAACUCAGAGGUUUCUCCGAGGGAGCGGAAGCGGUACAGCUAUCGGGAGUUCAAUCCUCCUACCUCCUUUCCUUCUGGAACCAGCCGCACCACCCCUCCCCCUGCCCCUCCCCCCGACGUCCCUCCGCCUCUCGCUAUCCCCAUCCCCUUCCUCAACUUCCGCCGACGCUCUCGCUCCCCUAACCCCGCGCGCUCCCCCUCCCCCACCGGCGCACGCUCCCGCUCCCGCUCUCGUUCGCGCUCCCCGCACCGGCCCUGGCUCUGGUUUUCCUCCAACGCGGAACACUCUCCGCGCCAACCCCGUUCCCCUGGCCCUGUCCGCGACCCCGCGGCCGGCGCAUCCACCUUCCGCCAAGCAUCUCCCCGCGGGGACCCGCUUCACCAGGACCCUUCCGCCGGAGCUCCCCCCGUCGCCGCCGCUGCAGGCCCCUUUUCCGUGGCUGCUGCGCGGGUGACGGGCUUCUUCGGAAGAUCGCACGUCCGAAGCAGUUCUCCACGUCCGGCCCGAGCCAGGCCGCCCGAGCCUGAGGCGCAGGUAUGGGAUUACCCCGCCCCUGCCACGAGAGAGCUGGUGUCGUUCCGCGACCUGGUGGCGGGCGCGCGAGAGAGGGCGCACGCUAAGGGGCAAGCGGAGAGUGCCACUAACGCGGAUGCGGGGUUGUAUUCAGGCCAGUCGAUGGGCCACCAGCACGCGGAGUCGAAUUCUCGUGAUGUUACAGCGGGUAUUGACGUGGACGAAUCGUUUGUAGAGCCUGUGCUGCGCUCUGACAGGGCAGCCGGAAAAUUGCGCCUGAUUCCGCCACUUUCCGCUUUUAGCAUGCCUGGUGCUGCUGCUGCUGCUGCUGCUGCUGCUGCUGCUGCUGCUGGUGCUAGUAGUGCUGGCAGUGCUGGUGGCGAUGGCAGUGGUGCUGGUGUCAGUGGUGGGCGUGGUGGUAGCAGCGUUGGUGUUGGUGGCAACAGCAGGGGAGGAGGCGUUUCUGGUGGGGCGGAGAGGGAGGAAGCAGGGUGGGAGGAGGAGGGGCCGUCGAGUCAAGAGGAGGAUAACCCCUAUCUGAAGCCCGGGGUUUCUUACUACAGCAGCGUUACGAUCCCAAGGGUGAGGCAGGGAGAGUCGUCCCCGGACGGGAGGCAGGGAGGGGUGUCUCCUGACGGCGGCAGCACUGACAGUCACUUAGACGCAUCCUUCCCCCUGCCUCUGCCGCACACCUACCAUCCCAAUGAUAUCACCUACGGCGUUGAGAACUCGCCGUCGCCCAUCUUGUUCUCCCCGCCCCACCCCUCUCACCCUCACAACCCUGCACACCCGUCGCACCCCGCACACCAUUCGGCACACCACGCCUCUUCAGACCAGGGAGCUGAUCCCUACCGAGAUGACUCCCAGCACUACCAAUCCCUACAGCACGCACAGCAGCAGCAGCCGCAAGCGUAUCAAGGCCCCUCCCAGCAGCACCAGCAGCAGCAGCACGUGCCCCCAGCGGCGUAUCUCCUGCGCAAGACGCCAUCUGCGCUCAACCGCUUCUCCCUGCCGCGGAAGCCGGGGGAAGAGGAGGAGCAAGCCCAGGGCGCGGGGUCCGGGCGCCACGCAGAGAGCGGGGUGGGUCGGUCGGAAACCAUGGCGGGGCGGUCGAGGAGCAAAGGCAGCAGCCGGUGCUGCAGAGGUGGGGUGGAGACAGGUGGCGAGCAGGGGCAGGGACAGCAGGGGCAAGGGCAGCAGUGGGAGGAGGCGAAUGGGCAGUUGGAGAGUGAGGAGGAGGAAGAGGGGGAGGGGGAUGGAGUGAGUGAGGUGCCGUUUCAUGCGAUAGUGGCCGGUGCAAGGCUGAGGUCGGAUUCGUCUCUCUCCAUGUCGCUAAAGUCACUCUCUGUACCGUCACAUGGGUCAGUCCAGCAACCCCCGUCCGCAGCUGACUCGCAAGCACAAUCCGACUCCUCCUCCCACUCUCACUCGCUCCCUCACUCUCACUCUCAACACUCUCACUCCCACCACUCACACUCGCACACUCUCCAGCCACCCCACUCCCACUCCCACUCUCUCCCCUCCAGCGGCUCCCUCCCCCCGAGCAGCCUGCUGCGCGCCCCCAGCAACGUUCUACCAGCAGCCAGCAACAUCCUGCCGUCCAGCGGCCCUCUGCCCUCUAGCGGCUCUCUCCCCCCCUCUCUCCCCGGCUCGCUGCCUACUAGCGGCGCUAUUCCCGCCUCUCUCCCUACCAGCGGCCCUAUUGCCCUCACCCCAUCCGCCCAAUCCGCCCAAUCCGCCCAAUCCGCCUCCUCUGCUGACGUGGUUCCAUCCCUGGUAUCCUUCGUGCCUCUCCCCCUGAGCUCGGCGGGGCAUGGCGCUUCUGGUGCUGGUGCUGGUGAUUAUGGCGAUGGGGCUGGUGCUGGUGGUUGUGGUGGGAACGGGAAUGGUGACUAUAGCGAGCGGAUGGACGAGGAUGACCGUUUGGAUGCAUCAGACGGCGCAGAUGCGUCCGACAAGGCACACACGUCCAACGGUCAGGAUGCAUUGACGGGCAUGGGGGCGUCAGGCGAUGGUGCGGCUCCAUUCGUUCCUUUCGUUCCCUUCGUUUCCAUGCACGUGUACGCAUCAGAGCCAGCAGAGCUGGAGCCGUAUGCCAUGGGUGCCCCGCCUGACCUGCUGCCGCCCGCGCUCAAAACGCAGGGCUACCACUUUCACAGCGCUGCCCAUUCCCAUGCACACACCCACAUGCAUCCCAACAACCAGCCAUCCAGCCACCUGCAUCCCAGCAAGCAGCCAUCCAGCCCCACCACCGUGCUGCACUCCGCUCACUCGCACGCGCAUGCCCACCCCCCCUUGCACUCGCCCGCCCAUGCCACCACCCAUGCACUCACGCCCGCACACAUGCAGUCACACUCUACCACCCCCAACGGUCCCCCAGGCGACCCCUUCGGCCCCCUGCCUGCUGCGUUGAGGGCGGGUCUCCUCAGGCGACUGAAAGAGGACAGCCUCCUCGCUGCUAAUGCCAGCACUGCUGCUGCUGCACUUGCCACUGCCACUGCUUCUUCAGAUUCGGCUGGUGCUUCUGCCGCUGGUGCUGCUGCUGCUGGCAGAAGUGGAGCAGAGGAGGCUGCAGAUGCUGUCACCGCUGCUGCCGCCACUGCUGCUACGGUGGGUGGUCUGAGUGGUGGGGAUGGGGAGAGCAGCGAGGAGGGUAUUUCGAUUGAGUCGGUUGAGAGGGAUGGCAUGCGGUGGCCGACGGUGCCAGCUGCAGAAAUAGUGGAGCAUGAACAGGACACAAUUGGGUCGAGAGGAGGAGGGGAAGGAAGCGAGGGAGUGAGUGAGGGAGGGGAGGAGGAGGAGGAGGAGGAGGAGGAGGAGGAGGAGGAGGAGGAGGAGGAGGAGGAGGAGGAGGAGGAGGAGGAGGAGGAGGAGGAGGAGGAGGAGGAGGAGGAGGAGGAGGAGGAGGAGGAGGAGGAGGAGGAGGAGGAGGAGGAGGAGGAGGAGAAGGAGGAGGAGGAGGAGGAGGAGGGGGAGGAGGAGGAGUGGAGCGAGAAGGAUAUGCAGGCGCUGGAGCUGCUGAGGGAGGCGGCCAUACCGCAGCCCGUGGCAGCAUGGGGAGAGGUGCCUGCAGGGGGCGAGGCAGCUGCACAUGGCAGCAGCCGCGUGCAUGCGGUUCACCUUGCCUCUGCCUCUGCUGCUGCUUCUGAGACGCUUGGAGGGGGAGGAGGCCUGUCAUCUGCACAGGUGGACAUGGCUGAGGCGGACGGCCACGUGCCCGUGGCGCUGCAGCUGUUUGACCUCGCAGAGAGGUGCAACGCGCAGCCUGCGUCUGUGCUCGUCGCGGCACGCACUGCCUUCAUGCAGCGGCAUGGCCUUGUGCCCUCCGAACCUGUCGCUCCCCUUUCUUCCGCUCCUGCUGCUGUCGCUGCUGCUGCUGUCACUGCUGCUGCUGUCACUGCUGCUGCUGUCACUCCUGCUGCUGAAAGCAAAGCCCAGCCCACGGAACAUGCCAGUGAGAAAUCUCCUGCACCAGAACCUUCUGAGAAGAAUCUUCCUAGCAGCACAGCAGCAGACGCUCCUCAACCCUCAGCCAUCCCUGGGCCCCCCUCUGACCCCUCCACUCUCCCCUCCCCUCCUCCUGACUCCUCGCCCCUCCCCCUGCCGCCCCGCCUGGCGCCUGUGCUGCGCCCCUGCCGCUCGUCGCACCACCUGGUGGCAGUGUACAAUCUCAGGGGCGAGCGGGUUUCUGGGGACGACUGCAGCGAAAUGGGCGGGCGGGAGGGGAAGGGGGCUGGGUUGAGGGAGGAUAAGGGUACGAGUGGAGGGUUUGGGGUCGAAGCGAAAGGAAAGGCAGCGGAUGAGAUUGAGCCUGGUAUAUCACAGGCAGGGGCAGGGGCAGGGGCAGCAGCAGCAGGGGCAGAAGCUUCGGCAGCAGCGGCUGGAGUGGAAGUUGCAGAGGCAAGGCAAACGGGGCUAGAGGAAGGAGGAGAGAGAGUAGCGGGAGCAGGUGAAGGGGCGAGUGAGAGAGAAGCAGGAGCAGGUGAGGGUGUGAGUGUGUCAACCCCUGUGAGGGCUUGGAGUAGGGGGGCGAGGGAGAGGGAGCGGGUGAUGAGGGCUGGUGGGAGCCCAGGGCAGGCAGGCGAUGUCUCUGAUAACGUCCCUCCCACAGCUGCAAAAGGCGCUGACAACACCCCCUAUAGCGUGACUAGAGCAGCACCAGAUGGUGCUGACAACGUCCCCAGCACAGCAGCAAAAGGUUUUGACAACACCCCUUAUAACAUCGCUAGAGCAGCACCGGAUGGUGCUGACAACGUCCCCAGCACAGCAGCGUUUGGCAGCCCGUUCAAGCCUGCAGCAGGUUCACCCAUCCGGCCCCCAUCGUCUGCCUUAUCCCCCAUAAAGCCGUCCUCGUUUAACGCAGCAGCAGGCUCAUCGUCCGCAGCAGCGCUAGCUGGAGAGGGGUACGUCCUCCCCUCGCCGUCCCGCGCCUCCCGCACUGCCCUCUUCUUCGACACCGUCAAAAAGGCAGCUGGAACAACGGCAGGAGCAGCAGGAGCAGAGGGAAGUGGGUCAGGUGUGGCGAGGAGGGAGGGCGCUGGCGGCUCUGGGGGCAGCGUGGGAGGGGGCAGUCCGAGUGUGCUGGAGAAGCUGAGGCGAGCCAAGGCGCAGCUGAUGCAGCUGCAGCAGAGCUACCUGAAGGACCCGCCACCACACUCCACCGUCUCGUACUCCUCAGAAACUCCAAUCAGCUCGAAAGGAGCAGGAUUUGGCCAGGUUGGCUCUCAGGUGAAAACUCAGGUGGGAACAACAGCAGCAGGAGGGGACACAGGGGAAUCAGGAAGAAGAACAGCAGCGGAAGCUGUUGAGGAAGCAGUGGCGGAAGCAGCAGCAGCUGCAGCAUUAGGACCAUCCAGAGGUAUAGGGGCAGGAGCAGGAGCAGGAGCGGGAGCAGGGGGGGGAGCAGGAGCACGAGUGGGAGUAGGGACACCCGCCCUUCCCAGCCUAGGCUCUGAGUCCCCAGCCUCCUCCCCCCACAUCGUCUCCCUCCCCUCCUCCGCCUACUCCCACGCCUCCACUGCCCCUUCCCCCGGCGUCAUCACCCCGCUCUCUCUCGACCGCACCCCCAGCAGCAGCGCCCAGAGCAUAAGAUCCGAGCCUGACCCGCUGCUGCUCGGGCCCACGCCUGCGCGAACCGACGUGGCUCGGUACGAGAAGGCUCGGAAGGGCCUGCCGAGCCUGGACGAGGAGGCGCCGAUUGGUGGGUGGAGCUCGGAUGAAGGUGGGGGGUUAGGCUUGGGAAGACAGGCAGGGAGAGUGGCAGAGGCAGGAGCAAGGGAUCAGGCAAGGGAGGGAGAAGAAGCAGGGGCGAGUGUGGGAGAAGGGGAGGCAGAAGGGAGGAUAAGACAUUCUGGGAGGGAGGGAAGAGAGGAAGAGGGAGUUGGAAGCUCGAGAGCAGGUUCGGGAGUGAGGGGUGGAUGGAGCAGAGGUUCGGCAGGUGUGGGGAGGGCCGGAGAGUCCCUUGGAGAUAAAGCAGAAGCAGCAGCGGAUGGUGCAAGGGUAGGAGCAGCAGGAGCAGCGGGAGCAGCAGGAGGAGGAAAGGCAGGAGGUGAUGGGGACAUGGAUGCGACAGCAGGUGCCCAGCCAAUGUCAUGGAAGUCAGGAGCCAAUCAGGGCAUGACACUUCAGCAACGCAUGCGAGCGAGGAGGGAGGGAGCACAGGGAGGAGGGGCAGGAGGGAGGAGAAGGCAGUGGGUGAGGUGAAGGGUGGGGAGAGGUGCUGUGGCUGGGCGAGGUCAGAAUGAGGCAUGGUAGUGUGUUAAGGUAGGUGGAGAGGAGACAUAGGGUGGGUGAAAUAGUAGUUUGGGUCGGAGGCAUUGGGAUGGAAGGAAUGGUGCAGAGGGUUAGAAAACGUUUUACUACAUCCUUGUGAGAAGGGCAAAAUAUUGCCGCGGUGGGGGGAAGCAAUUUUCCUCCGAAUGAACCUUGAUUUUGCACGAGGUAGGUUGAUUAGAGAGGGAUGAUGACAAUUUUAGGGCAUUCCUCAUGCCCUAGUCAAUAGCAUGUUUUGCGUGAAAAGGCUUGCCAACUUACCAUUUUACUACGGUG